AUAAACUGAUAAUGGGUCUUUGAUGAUUUCAGGUGGAAAGAGAUCCAUUAUCCAAUUUCAAAAGAAGGGUUUCUGCUUGAAAUAACUUUGCCGGUCCCUUUAUUUCUUUGCGUUUUGUAUGACAAGUUAUGGGUUUUUUGUUGCUGGGUUUGAUUUAGGAAUGAUAAAGUUUAGAUCUUUAAUGUUAUUGACCUGAUUCAGUUCUGUUAACUGUAAUUCUAAGCAAAAAUCACAGUACUCAGGUUAACGAAGCUGUGGCUUAUGGUCAUUGUUGUAAUUAGGAGAAUAUACUCGGUUAACGCUUGGCUGUUCUUGUGUGAUAAAAUUUUGGUUAAUGCUUCUAUGAAAAACUAUAGACAUGUAUUAUAUUAUAUGUCUUUUGGCAUAUACUUGGUUGCUCUUGUAUGAUGAACAUGCCCAUCUUUUGGGUAUUUAGUACUUUUUGUUUUGGUCUAAUUCUAAGGAGAUAUCCUGUUUGCUCUUAUUCUGAGAAGAACAAUAUUAAUCCUAUCUCUCUGUUAUUUUUCGAUAUGAAACUAUGAACCUUGGCUACUUGUUUUUGAUGAUUUUGGGCAAGUAAAAGUGAAAAAUAUAGGGCCUUAUGUUUGUCUAUUGGUAUGGGGUCUUGUUGUCUAGCGAUGAAGAUGCUGGAAAUUCACAGUCAAUUAUGAUAUCUAGAUAGUUACUUGAGGAGUCAUCAAAAGAAUAGUUGUAUUUCCUACUAACCCUAAUAAGAAAAUUGACAGAAGAAAAUUCAUUUUUUUAGGAACUUAGAUAUGAUGGGUAGUAUUUGGUUUAUGGGUAUUGUUAGAUCUUCUUGGAGAUUCCAAUUUUCACAUUAUUUAGGAAUUUUUUUUACCCCUAAUCAUCACAAGCUAAAACAUUCCCCGCCCUACAAAUCUGUUUAUUUGAAUCUUUUAAAAGUUUCAAUCUACUAAUCUAUUAGUUUCUUGAAUUGGUUAGUCAAUUUAAAGAGAUUACUUAGUUAAUCUGCUGUUUUAGCUUAUGCAUUAUUUCACCGAUUAUUGUUUGUUUCAAGUCCUGUAUUUAUUAGCUUAGAACUUAGAUUAGAUAUGAUGGGAUGGUGUGUGGUUUGAGAGCAAUGCCGAUUCCUCAAUUACCUGGCCUAUGCCCAAAAAAGUUCAGCCUCACGUUUUACAUCUGAUCAUCGCCGAUCAAUUCUUGAACCAAAAGAUCACCAGAUCAUCAUCCUCCAAUCGAAUGUCAGUGAUUGGGAAAACUCACCGGAAGAGGAUAAAACCUCCAUGUCAAAUUGAGCAAUCAUGGUGUUCCACGCGAGCGGCUUUGCAUUGAAAAGUCUGGAUACACCUCAUGUAUGAUUGUGGUUAAAUCAUCGGAUCCUGCCUUCCCUGAUGAUUUCAUUUAUAAAAUAAUCCAAGGUAUGCUAUCGACCUUUUCAAUUACUAUUUAUGGCUAUGUUGGAUAUCUCUCAUAAUGGCAUUAAACUGUAACUGUUAUUACUAAACUCAAUACUGAUAUAGCUAUGAUUCAGGAUCGGCUUGCCUCUUGAGCUACACAUUGUCCAGUGAUGCCAUAGGACACCACUAGAUUGCGAGCUUUAUAAGCAUUUUUUACUAAUUUACUGGUAUUUAGUACUUAGGACACCGCAAAAAAUAGUAAAGGACAUCAUUGAAGAGGAUAAUUGUUGGAAUUGGCUACUUCGAUGAGCUAAUCAGUUACAUAGAGACCCCAUUCAGAUAAAAUCCUGAACCCCAUUCAGAUAAAAUUCUGAACCCAUCACCCCAUUCAGAUAAAAUCCUGAACCCCAUUCAGAUAAAAAUUCUGAACCCAUCACUGGUGAGCUUGAUAUUUACCAUCUUGCAGUCUCUCAUAAUGUACUGUUGUAGUUUUGGUGAGAGCAAAGGAUAACUUAAUAGUUUCAAGUAGAAAUUACCAGAAUAUUCCAUGCUUUGGAUGUUCAAUAAGCUUUUAUGUAUUUGACUUUCCUGGAAACCUCAUAACAUAAUAUGAAGAGGGAUUUACCAGGAAUCAAUAAAUUAAAGAUCGCUAUAGUACAUUGUAGUGGAUUUUAUCCCUACGCUAUGAGUGUGGUGCUAACACACCCUCUAUUUUCAGAAGGAUUGGAAGGUACAAUUGAUGUUUUAUCCCUAUGCUAUGUCAUCUAAAAAUAACAAGUUAAAAUCUGGAGGGCAAUCUAUAUCAAAGGGUCAGAUUGAGAUGUAGUUAGAUUUUGUUAAUAAUUCUACUAAUAUGAUAUAUUUGGGGUGACACAUUACCUCAUCUUUUAUUGUUUUUGCAAAAAGAAUAAUACCAUCUUUUUCUUUAAAGGCAUAUAGAUAGUUCGUGUUUAAAGACAUAAAUGACGAGAAGCUUUAACUCAUUUUAACUCGUCAAGAUAGUUUAUAUUAACCAUUUUUUUUUGACAUUUUUGAACUAAGUAAAUCAACACAGGUUAGCUCCAAUAUUUCAUGUAUUCAUAUUUUGUACUAAGGAAAAUAUCCUGUUACUUACGAUCAAAAUACCACUUCUAUAAAGCCAAACCAAACCAUCCCAAAGUCCUCCAUCAUAACCCUCUCAUAAUCCUCUCCCUGCAAGAAAAAAAACAACACCCCACCCUCAUAAACCUUUUCCAAGAAACAGAGAAGAGAGACAUCAAAGAAGCCAAAUCAAUGGCUUCUUGCUCUUCUUUUCUUGAUCAAGAAGGAACCAGCUCUGAUACUACUCCCUCUGGGACCUCCGCACCCUCUAAUGCAGCAGCUCCAGUUGUCAACGCAGCCCCUUCCAUAGCUGGGAUCUUAUUCAAGCACUUCCCCUCUGACAACUACUACUUCAAUUGUUUCCACCCCGGUCAUCAUCCUCCCACAAACCCCUCCUUCCCCUCCUCAAUUCCCCAGCCCUUCUUCAUCUGCUCCUCCUCCAAAGGCCUCCUCCUAGUCUACAAAUCCUCCUCGAAUUCCUACCACGUCUUCAACCCGUUCGUCCACAAUGCUGACAGUUACAGGCGCAUCCCCAGCCCUCCAAGAUCCCACAAAGAUUACGAUACUGCAGUUCUUUCCGUCAACAACCAACUCCCUGCAUUCGACAUUAUCUGCGCUGUUGAAGAGGCCGACGGGGGCAAGUACACAUUCGACUGGUACCACUCAGGAGUAGACAAAUGGGUCCAGGGCACAAGGUUGUUAGAUAUCAGCCCCAGGCGUAUCUUGAUGCAUACAGGCAUUUCUGAUGAUUCUGGUGCUGCAUUCUGGCUCACUGAUGAUCAGAAGAUGGUCGUCACUUUCAACACUGUUGAUAGCUCAGGCCUGCAAAAACUCGAUCUACCAAAAAUGCUUCAUUCUGCACAGAGAAAAUAUCUAGGCAAGAUAAGCGAUGACAAAAUCGGGGUUGUUAUUGCCAAAAACAGCAUACUCGCUCUCUACAGUCUUGGGGAUCAGGGAUGUUCUUGGCGCAGUUACAAGUUCUUGGAUUUGGCCGAAGCUGGGAUCAUAGCACCAUACCAACUUGAGAGGGCUGAUAUUAUGAGGUUCAACAAAGAUGUGCCUUUCUGUGUAGGCAAUCGAUCUUUUCUGUUGAAGAUGAGCUCUAAUCCUGAGGAUGCAACAGUCCAUGAGUUGCAUCAUUGGGUGAGGAUCCCACUACUGGCUGGGGAGCUUGUUCCCUACGAAGUGUCCACCAUAACUCCUGCACAAUUCCCUGUCAGAGAGAAUGAGGAAAAUAUUGUAGAUGACGAGCAAAGUGUCGAUGAAUUGUACGAGGCAAAGGGCAAGAGAAAGCAGAGUGCUGAUUCUCAAGAGGAUGGUAGAGAUUUGAAAAGGAUAAGGAAAGAUUGAUAACAGGAACUGAUGCAUUAAUGUACGUGUUUCUUGAUUUUGGUUAGUUCUGAACUGAGGGAGGACCGGUUCAAGUUCUUGAUUAAUAGCUGUUGAUCAUGAGAGAAAGCGAUUGUUCAUGUUCAAUACUCAAGUAUCAAUUCUUGUCUCUUGAUUCUUCGAUGUAAAUCUCAAUCUGUGGUUUUUCUUACUUGAUUAAUUGUUGAUGAUUUCGAGGGAAACUGAGAGUUCAUGUACAAGGUGAGAAUUCAUGUACAAGGCUAGAGUUCCAGUUCUUGUUUCUGCAUUCUUGAAUGUAAACUUUAAUGUGUAGCUUUUCUUACUUGAUUAGUAGUUGACCAUGAGGGAAACUGAUCGUUCAUGUGCAAGGCUCGAGUUCAAUUCUUGUUUCUGCAUUCUUUAUGU